AUGAAGAAAGCACAAGUUGUUUUCAUCCCUUCUUCUGGUUUGAGCCAUCUAGUUUCCACCCUUGAGUUCGCCAAGCUUCUAAUCCACCGUGAUAACCGUCUUCGAAUAACCGUUUUAGUUAUGAAAUUCCCAAACACCUCUGAAGCUGAUGCAUAUGUCGAUUCCCUUCCCAUCUCCGAUUCACUCCAUAUAGUCAAUCUUCCAGAAAGUUCUCUUCCCCCAAACACAGAUCGAGCUUCCGCCAUGAAAGCUCUCCUCGAAGCUCAAAAACCACACGUCAAACAAGCCGUCUCUAACCUCUCUGCCGAAGAAGAACAACAUGGACCCCUGGCCGCUUUCGUUGUUGACAUGUUCUGUACCACCAUGAUUGAUGUUGCAAAAGAACUUUCCGUCCCUGCGCUCAUCUUCUUCACUUCCGGCGUUGCUUCUCUUGGUUUGAUGCUACAUCUACACACACUGUUUGAACGAGACAACUUCGAUUUGACUCAGUUACUGCAGAUGAACGAGGUAGCAGUUCCGAGUUUUGCCAACUCGGUUCCUAUACAUUCGCUUCCUAGUUUUAUGAUAGAAAAAGAACGGGAGUUGUUUUUUAAGAGCUUUGUAGGAGGCCUCAAAAAACCAGAUGGCAUUAUAAUAAAUUCAUUUGAAGAGCUUGAAUCACAUGCAGUUCACUCCUUUUUCUCUCAUCCUGAUCUAGCAGCUUUACCUAUAUAUCCAGUUGGGCCCUUAUUACACCCUGAGCCCAAAACAAAGAGCACUGACGAUUCAGAUGAUAUCAUCAAAUGGCUUGAUAAUCAACCACUUUCCUCGGUAGUUUUUCUCUGUUUUGGGACUCGGGGUUUUUUCUAUGCAGACCAAAUUCAGGAGAUAGCACAUGCUAUUGAAAAUAGUGGAGUUCGUUUUCUGUGGUCUCUACGUAAACCCUCGCCAAACGGUAUUAUGUCUGCGCCAUCUGAUUAUCCACUUUCAGAUUUGGUUUCGCUUUUACCAGAAGGAUUUUUAGAUCGGACAAGUGACAUUGGAAAGGUCAUUGGUUGGGCUCCACAGACUCAAAUACUAGCCCACCCGGCCACCGGAGGAUUUGUUUCGCAUUGUGGGUGGAACUCCACACUUGAAAGCAUAUAUUUUGGUGUGCCUAUUGCGGCGUGGCCUCUUUAUGCUGAACAACAGGCGAAUGCUUUUGAAUUGGCGUGUGAGCUGAAAUUGGGCGUGGAGAUUGCAUUGGACUAUCGGGUGCAAUUAAAUGGUGAGCAUAACUAUGUUGUAACUGCAGAAAAGAUUGAGAGAGGAAUAAAAAGUGUGUUGUCUGAUGAUGGAGAGUUAAGAAAGAGAGUGAAAGAAAUGAGUGAAAAAAGUAGAAAGACUUUAUUAGAGGGUGGAUCUUCCUAUGUUUAUUUAGGUAAUUUGAUUGAUUAUAUUAUGAAUCAAAUAUGA